UACCGAGGCCGUUAAUGUUUAAUGAUGUUUGUCCACCCGCCCCCUAUUAAUGUGCUUUCCCGGUGGUGCACAUGCUGGACGGCUCACUGGGAAGAUGGCUGACGAGAUCGUCCCCGAGCAGGUGCCUGACAAGUUCACCUAUGAUUACGAGACCAUUCGGAAUGGGGGGCUGAUCUUUGCCGUGGUGGCUUUCGUGGUCGGACUCCUCAUCAUCCUCAGUCGGCGGUUCCGCUGCGGAGCAAAGAAAAGAAGGAGACAAGGUGACGAUGACGAGCUGUAGCUGCAGAGCUGCCUGGACUGUCUGGAAAGAGGCUUCCUGCCCAGUGCUCUGUCGGAGUUGUGGGAGUUCUCUCCAGGAGCCAAGCCCCUUGCACCGGAGACAUUAACCCUCUCAGCCCUGCACCUCUAUACAAAUCCUUUUCAUGGCUUUCCUUUGUAAAAUCAGUUCAGUGCUUCUUUCCCUCAAUAAAGCUCCUGCUUAGAGAGGGUUAAAGCUUGUA